AUGUCCCAUUUGUCAAACUCAGACACGUCCAGCCUCUUCUUUCUCUCUUUUCUCUCGACUCGGCAACUCAACUCUGUCUAAACUCUCUCCAAAACCCUUUGUGAUCCGUUUUUCUCAUUCAAAGCUCCCAACGACGGGUGAAGUCAGGUCAUCUGAUGGCUGCAUGAGAUACGUUCACUUUUUUCUUUGCACGGAGGUUUUAAAUUGUGAUAAUGUCUUCAACAGCAAUCUUGAGGAGGAAGAGUUACCUCUUCAAUUCCCUUAAUCGGCGUACUUCGUUGAUUAGGGGAUUUUCUAGUUUUGAGAAUGGUCAAUCAAUAGCAUCUAAUGACUUUCGGCGAUCAAGCUGGGUUGGUAUUUCAAGUCAUUCACCUGAAGAUACUGAUCAUGGACAUGAAGGAGGUUUAUCAUCAGUAACCAAGGAUGAAAUAUCAAAAUAUUUAGCUAGAGAAUUUCUUAGACAUAAUUCUUUGCCGGUUUCAAAUUUGGGUUAUAGGGUUGGAAAGGUUAAUUUUGUCUCUCCAUUGGGAUCCACAUGGAUGUCACAAUCUGUACGUUAUUCAUCCACAGCCACAGCUGGUCAGCGUGAAAACGAUGGAAAUGAACAGCGGACUGCUAAACAGGUAAAGGAAGCAUCGCCGGAAGAGUGUGACCAAGCUGUUGAAGGUUUGAGUACAGCAAAAGCCAAAGCAAAAGCUAAGCAGAUGCUAGACUCACAGAAAAGUGCUAAAUCUAUAGUGCAAAGAGUGUGGGCUAUGCUACUUGGUAUUGGUCCUGCUUUGAGAGCUGUUGCUUCCAUGAGCAGGGAAGACUGGGCUAAGAAACUCAGCCACUGGAAGGAUGAAAUUAAGUCUACUUUGCAACACUAUUGGUUGGGUACAAAAUUACUUUGGGCCGAUGUGAGGAUAAGCUCAAGGUUACUGGUAAAACUUGCUAAUGGGAAGGGUCUUUCUAGAAGGGAGAGGCAACAACUCACAAGGACCACAGCUGAUAUUUUUAGGCUAGUACCAUUUGCAGUUUUCAUUAUAGUUCCUUUCAUGGAGUUCUUGCUACCAGUAUUCCUGAAAUUAUUUCCUAACAUGUUGCCAUCAACCUUCCAGGACAAGAUGAAAGAAGAGGAGGCACUAAAAAGAAGGCUAAAUGCAAGAAUAGAAUAUGCAAAGUUUCUUCAAGACACAGUUAAAGAAAUGGCAAAAGAAGUCCAGAACUCACGAAGUGGAGAUAUUAAGAAGACAGCGGAAGAUCUUGAUGAGUUUAUGAACAAGGUUAGAAAAGGUACUGGUGUAUCAAAUGAUGAAAUUUUAGGCUUUGCCAAACUAUUCAAUGAUGAGCUUACAUUGGAUAACAUUAGCAGGCCUCGGUUAGUAAAUAUGUGCAAGUAUAUGGGUAUCAGCCCAUAUGGAACAGAUGCAUAUUUACGUUAUAUGCUUCGGAAGAGACUACAAGAGAUAAAGAAUGAUGAUAAGAUGAUUCAAGCUGAGGGUGUGGAGUCUCUUUCUGAAGCAGAGCUUCGUCAAGCAUGUAGAGAUCGAGGCUUGCUAGGAUUACUUUCAGUGGAUGAAAUGCGGCAACAGUUGCGUGAUUGGCUGGAUCUGUCUCUGAAUCACUCUGUACCAUCUUCACUUUUGAUUCUUUCUCGGGCCUUCUCUGUGUCUGGAAAAGUUAAGCCAGAGGAAGCUGUUCAAGCUACACUCUCCUCUUUGCCAGAUGAGGUUGUGGAUACUGUUGGGGUUACAGCUUUGCCAUCUGAAGAUUCUGUUUCUGAAAGGAGAAGGAAGUUGGAGUUCCUAGAAAUGCAGGAAGAACUGAUCAAGGAGGAGGAAGAAGAAGAGGAAGAGGAGCAGGCCAAGCUGAAGGAAUCUGUUAGCAGUCAAAAGGAUGUUGCUUUGGAAGAGAUGACUGAUCCAACAGCUAAAGAAGCACGAGAACAAGCAAGAGCAAAAACAUUGGAGAAACAUGAGCAGCUUUGUGAGCUUAGUCGUGCAUUGGCUGUUUUAGCUUCUGCAUCAUCGGUCAGCCGGGAACGAGAAGAGUUCCUCAGACUUGUUAACAAGGAGAUAGGACUUUAUAACAGUAUGGUCGAGAAAGAGGGUAAAGAAGGUGAAGAAGAAGCUAAGAAAGCGUACAGAGCUGCCAGAGAGGAUCCCGAACAAGAUGCUGAGGAGGAAGUUGGUGACAAAGUUUCUUCAGCACUUAUAGACAGGGUAGAUGCUAUGCUCCAAAAGGUUGAAAAGGAAAUUGAUGAUGUCGAUGCCAAAAUUGGAGAUCGCUGGCGGGUGCUUGAUAGAGACUUUGACGGGAAAGUGACUCCUGAGGAGGUAGCAUCGGCCGCAAUGUACCUUAAAGAUACCCUGGACAAGGAGGGCAUCCAAGAACUUAUUUCCAAUCUUUCCAAAGAUAGAGAAGGGAAAAUACUUGUCAAAGAUAUCGUGAAGUUAGGCGGAGAAACAGAAGAUGCCGAUAGUGAUACAGCUGAAGCUGGAAGAUCAUAGAGAUGUGCUGGUCAUUUUUAUGGGAUGUGCACUUUGUUCAUCUGGUUUACACAAUGGGAUAGUAUCUACCUUAAGAAGAAGAAGAAGAAGAAAAAAAAAAAAAAGGAAAGAGAUAGAGGAGGAAAAUUCUUUGUAGCAGUACUUGACAGGGAUUCUUUCUUACUGCUAUGAAAAAAAGUCUUUGAGAAGAAAAGCAAUUAUGUGUAUAAACAUUUUAUAUCAAUGCUAUUUUUGCUCAAAGUUCACCUUAUGGCUUUAUGUUUUGUAUAAUGUGACACAAAUUUUGCCCAAGAAUCUUUGAUACCUAAGGGUUGAGUUAUUGCCAUAAUGUUAUUAGGUCGAUAUUGAGGGGUUGUCGAGAAAAAUCUUUUAAAUAAAUUCAAUCCGUUACAUCUUUAUGUUGAA